AUGCUUCAAAAUCUACCUCCUGAAAUCGUCCUCGAGGUUCUCCGAAAACUUGAUCCAGUUAGCGACAGGCACGACCUUUUAUCUCUCUGCUAUGUAUCGCACGCAUUCAGAGAACUCGCCCAGCGGCUGCUUUUCAGCAAAUUUGAUGUGGGUAUUGAGACGGGUUCAUCUGAUCCUGACACCAACGAUUUUGCGGCCUUGGCUCUCUUUACUCGGACGGUAAUCUUGCGACACGAUCUACAGAAUGCUGUUCAUGAGCUCUCUGUUAGAUCCUGGAAUGCACCUCAACUCGCACGCAAUACUUUGUCGGCCGAAACUCUUGGAAUGCUGCAAAUUGGAAUUUUGAAGCUGGGUAUCGGAGACGAUGUAAAGGCAAGCUGCCUAGAUAAGGAGGCAAUGUCUAGUAUAAUAAAGGGGUGCAAGUCUCUCAAGACUCUCACAUACGGGGCCGACCUCCAGAUUGCUCAAUAUAUAGACCCCACCCCAGUGAUCGCUGCGGAAUUCGGCAAGGCUUUGCUCUGUCAGAAGGACAACCUCAACGGUCUAUAUCUCGAGUUUGACGAACUCAACGGGUUGGAUGGUAGAGACUGGGAUCCCCAAGCUGCGCUCGAUCCAAUCACCUCUUUCACAAGCCUCACACAUCUACAAAUUGACCAGAGGUCUUUAUCCGACGCACCCAAGCUCCCUGAGUCAUUGAAGGUACUGCAGGUCUCGCAUUGCAUGUGGUCUGUACUUGAACUAGUGCGGUUUCUUGUCAAAGAAAGUAUAACGCAUCUCCAUCACCUGAAUUCCGUCACCAUAUCAACGUGGCAACUUCCAUGCUGCGAGAUGCUGGGAAUGGUCCCGCUGUGGCAUGAUAUUACAGAAGAGGAAUUCUACAGUAACGAGAGUGUGGUGGCGGAAUUUAAAGAACGGGCUCUGGAAUUGCACAGGACUGCCCGCGAGGGUAACUUCCACUUUCUCGCGAGAUGUAAAUACUACAAUAAGUGCAUAUCGGAGCAGCUGAGCGCGGACGAGAGUAGCUCUUCGGAAGAUUGA